AUUCUCAAAUAUUGCACUCACCAUUUCAACAACAAAACCAAUUGUUGAAGUCAAGAAAACAUUAUUUUUAAAAAAAAAAAAAUGGCUUCCAAGAAGGUUUUCUCUACUCUUGCUCUUUUCCUUUCCCUUAACCUAAUUUUCUUCACAUUUGUCUCAAGUUGUGGUACUUGCCCUAAACCAAAACCACCCCCAAAGCCAAAGCCAUCAUGCCCUCCACCACCAUAUGUUCCAACAAAGGAAACUUGCCCUAUUGAUACCUUAAAGUUAGGUGUUUGUGCCAAUGUUCUUGGAUUAGUUAAUGUUGUUGUUGGUUCACCACCAGUGAAACCUUGUUGUAGCCUUAUUUCUGGACUUGCUGAUGUUGAAGCUGCUCUUUGUCUUUGCACUGCUAUUAAGGCUAAUGUUUUGGGAAUUAACCUUAAUGUUCCUAUCUCAUUGAGCUUGCUUCUUAAUGUUUGCUCCAAGAAAGUCCCCUCUGGGUUCCAGUGCCCUAGCUAAUUAAUUAGUUGAAAUAUUUACUUUAAAAUUUCAGUUUCCUUUUUCAUUGUUUGUAUUAUGCUGGAGGGAUAUUUUUUUUUUUGGUUUUGGGAGCUCGAAUAUCCCUGAUUCUGGAAGGCACAUGAGUCUGAACGCUGGGGGAUGAGGGCUACAUUUAAAUGGAAUUUGUGGGGUGUGUUUAAUUGUAUUGGUAAGUGUCUCAUUUACCAAUUGAAGUUGCUUAUUGUUGAGAAUAUUGUAUGCAAGUUUAUGUUGUUGGAAAAAAAUAAUUCCAGUUUCUAUUCUGCA